GCACCAAGAUGGCGGCAUCUCUACGCCGUAACCCCGCCCUCCAACCUACGUCACGCGCACGCCGCCGCUCUGGCCCGCUCCACUCCCCCUCUCUAUGGUGACGUUCGCUCCCUGUGUUAUUUCAUCAGUAAACAUCCUGCGGAUUUGAACGCGCUGUUUGGGCGGCAGGAAGGGGCGCGGCCGCCAUCUUGUUUGUUUGAGUGUGGACCUGGCAGCGGCGGAGAGGCGGAAAGGGAGGCUAAAAGCGAGCGGGGGCCGCCUCAAGGGAGACCGGAGGCCAGCACACGGCGGUAACUAAAGUGUUGGAAAAUGUUUUACGCACACUUUGUUCUGAGCAAGAGAGGGCCGCUAGCCAAAAUCUGGCUGGCGGCCCACUGGGACAAGAAACUGACCAAGGCCCACGUGUUUGAGUGCAACCUGGAAAGCAGCGUGGAGAGCAUCAUUUCCCCCAAGGUGAAGAUGGCUCUGCGUACGUCUGGUCACCUGCUCUUGGGAGUCGUGAGGAUCUAUCACAGGAAGGCAAAGUACCUCCUCGCCGACUGUAAUGAAGCGUUUAUCAAAAUAAAGAUGGCUUUUCGGCCUGGUGUGGUGGAUUUACCGGAGGAAAAUCGUGAAGCCGCAUACAAUGCCAUCACACUGCCUGAGGAGUUCCAUGACUUUGACCAGCCUUUGCCAGAUCUUGAUGACAUUGAUGUGGCCCAGCAGUUCAGCCUGAACCAGAGUCGAGUGGAAGAAAUCACCAUGAGAGAGGAGGUUGGAAACAUUAACAUUCUUCAAGACAAUGAUUUUGGUGACUUUGGCAUGGAUGACCGAGAGAUGAUGCGAGAAGGUAGUGCUUUUGAGGAUGACAUGUUGGUCAGCACCAGUGCCACUAACCUCUUAUUGGAGCCUGAACAGAACGCGAGCGAGCUGACCGAGAAGACCAACCACCUGGAGUUUGAAGAGCAGUAUAAAGAUGACAAUUUUGGAGAGGUCAAUGAUGGCGGCAUCCUGGAUGAUAAACUUUUGAGCAAUGAUGGAGGUGGUAUUUUUGACGACCCACCAGCUAUUCCAGAGGAAGGUGUUGCUCUGCCAGAGCAGCCUGCUCACGAGGAUGACCUGGAUGACGACGAUGUUGUUUCAAUGGGUGGACCAGACAGUCCUGAUUCCGUAGAUCCCGUGGAGCCCCUGCCAACCAUGACUGACCAGACUACUUUGGUACCUAAUGAAGAGGAAGCGUUUGCACUGGAGCCUAUUGACAUUACAGUUAAGGAAACUAAAGCCAAGCGAAAAAGGAAGCUGAUCGUUGACAGUGUUAAGGAGCUGGACAGCAAGACCAUCCGUGCCCAGCUGAGUGACUACUCUGACAUAGUGACCACUCUGGACCUGGCACCCCCCACAAAGAAGCUGAUGAUGUGGAAGGAGACAGGUGGUGUGGAGAAGCUCUUCUCUCUGCCUGCUCAGCCUCUCUGGAACUCCAGACUUCUGAAGCUGUUCACCCGAUGCCUCACACCUUUGGUACCGGAUGAGCUCAGAAAGAGGAGGAAAGGUGGUGAAGCCGACAACUUAGAUGAGUUCCUUAAGGAGUUUGAAAAUCCUGACGUCCCAAGAGAGGAGAUGAGGCAGCAGGAUGUUAUUGAUCAGCCCAUAUUGGAGGAAGCUAGUAGACUACAGGAGUCCAUGAUGGAGGGAAGCAGGACUCAGCUGGAUGAGACGGUGAUGCCACCACCUCCACCACCACCACCUCCUCAACCACUGCAGCAGGGUGUGAAACGUGAUUCUCAACAAAUGGAACCAGAACCAUUAAUUCCUCAGGAGCCAGAGCCACAGAUAGAGAUGCCACCAGUGGAGCUUCCUCCGGAGGAGCCCCCGAAUAUCAAUGAUUUAAUUCCCGAACUCAACCUUAUUCCUGAGAAGGAAAAGGACAAAGAGGAUGAAGAGGAGGAGGAGGAGGAGGAUGCCACAGGGACCGAGCAGGACCAGGAGGAGAGGCGCUGGAACAAGAGGACCCAGCAGAUGCUGCACGGCCUUCAGAGAGUCCUUGCCAGAACUGGUGCAGAAUCCAUAAGUUUGCUUGACCUGUGUCGAAACACAAACCGGAAGCAAGCGGCAGCCAAGUUCUACAGCUUCCUCGUCCUUAAAAAGCAACAGGCGAUUGAACUUACCCAGGAGGAGCCCUACAGUGACAUCAUCGCCACGCCGGGGCCAAGGUUUCAUGUGGUGUGAUUUGCUUCAACAGCAGCCAAAGCAAGCGACUUCACAACCCGUACGAACCUGUAUGCUGGAGCUUGCAUGGCAGAGUGGUGUAAUUAGGCUUCCCUGAGCGCCAUGCCGGUCAGCACCAGGUCACGUCGGUGAUCUCAUCCCUGGUUGUUCUCUUGGUUUCUGGCUGGUUUAAUAUGUACAAAGUUUGCCCCCUUUUUUUUUUUUUUUUUUUCCUCUUCCAUGUAACAUCUAUUUUUAAUGGGUUUUAAGUGUGGAUGGGUGAAUGUGAUAUAUAUUUUGUUCUUGGUCACAGACUCAUUUUACAAGUUCUUGAGGUUAAAAAAGAAAAACCAGGGUAGAGCAGUGAGGAAAUGCUGAGGACAGGGGUGUGCAGUAUUUAUGGCCGCGCUUCUUCCACCUCACGUUAUACUCACCUGGAAAAUGUUUUUUUAUACUUGUCAGAUCUUGGUCACGUUUUUAUGUUCUUUGGUCGAUUUGAAGUUUGCAGCAGAUAUAUCCGGUAAAAGAUUUUGUAUGAGAAGCUCAAACCUCAAAUUUUUGGUUUUAAAUUUCUAGACGUUUGAGUUUAUUACUCUUAUGAUCACUUUUAAGAUUGAACUUUUGCUGUUCAGCUUGUUCAUUUCUCUCCAUUUUAUGAUCACCCCAUGUUCUUGUCCACUUUUAAUAACUUUGUUCAUGUUAAGUUAAUACGAAAUGUUGGGACACUUUGUAAUAUACAAGAGAUGACGUGGGAUGUCUUAGGAACUGCAGCCGAUGGGCUUCAUUGUUACAUUCAUGCAGAUCUCCACAUAUAUAGAUCUCCUUGUUGUCAGUGGGCCAGCUAAAUCAGUCAAAAUGAGGUCUUGAUAAAUCAUGGAUACAUAUGAGAAGAUAUCAAGGAAGUCUCUUAUCUGAAAUCACUGUCAGUUUACAGAAUGAAUGGGGUUCUGUAGAAAUCAAAGCCCCCUUGGCACUGUUCAGAUGUUUUUUUACUGGAAAUGACCACAACUGAAGCAUACAUCAUUGGUUUUAUGGUGCUUCUCUUAGUCUACUUUCACACUCGUCCAAGACUGAUCCGCACAAAAUGUGAGUGUGAAAGUAGCCUUAGAUUGUUCGAUUUCUAGUAAAAGUUUGAGUAGGACAAAAGGAGUUUGGGCUCUAGUGCUUAUUUAAAGGUCUUCCGAGGUCAGACCGCCAAUGUGAUAUCCAGACGUCUCUGUGACCAACAGAUUAUGGUGACUACAUUUUUCUGGUCAAUGCUGCUGCAUGGACACGUGUGUGUUUGUGUAUAAUGGGACCUGUCAACAUUCCUGACUUGGGUUUUAGUAAAUGUAUUUGUCACCACGUUAAAGCAUAUUUUCAUAGAAUUCUACAUUCUGUUCCUCCUUUAUUCAUCCUGGAAAUCUGCCUAAAGUGAGAACUAGUUAUCGGUCAAGGGCGUGUCCCUACAGUCUGGUGCUGAAAGUCGGGCUGUGUAGAUGCACACCCGUUUGACGAUGAAAAGGGUAGCAUCCUGUUGUCAGCUUAUUCACAAAUUUACAGUAAGAAUAACCGAGGAACGGCACAACAAUUCUAAAAAAAAAAUUCACUGUAAAAAGUAACUAAUAUUUCACAGUAGUGUAUCAAAGGUUUUGAUUGCUGAGGUUCUGAGUGCCGAGACCCCCUGCCGAUCACUAAAACGAGGAUGAAAUCAUUGGAGGAGAUUUGUUAAGUGGUGCAAAGGAAAACUGGCUUAGUUUCCACCUUUCGUUUUCUGGGGCUCCUUGGGACAAUGAGAGAAUUAAGCAGAUUGGUUGCUAUGGGCAACAGAGCAGUUUUCCUUUGCACUACUUUUUAUAAAUCCCCUCGUCCCCAUUGAGCGCUGUAUUAUUGCUGACAAUAAAAAGCAAAGACUGUCUGCAUAGAAAUUCUGAGGCUGUCUUCAGCAUGGAGAGGCGGCGCUCCAUGGGAUUCUGAAGUCUUGUUUUAGUGAUUGGUUGGGGUCUCAUCGCUUAGACCCCAACCAAUCAAACUUGAUAUUUCUCUUUUAUAUAAAACUUUAGAUGGGGAACUGUAGUCUCCCUUUAAAUGACUGAAAUAGCGGUCUGGAGGAGUGACGGGUCCCAUCUCUGUAUCGGUGUGUGUGUGUGCAAAAAUAACGAAGUGUCGCAACAUUUAGUAUAAUGCUAAAUGAGCCCGGGUUAUUAAACUGCGGAGCAGCGCUCCUCGCCUGCAGAAUGGCAGCUCCACGUGUGAGGACACGGCUACACUUUUAUUUAUGUCUUGUGGGGUCUCCAGAAUUACAACACAAGGCGAUGUCUUUAUGGACAGCCCUAUCUUUUAUUUUAUGGGGGGUUUGGGGGUAUUUUUUUUUUUAUUGGCUUUUAUUCUACUUUUGUAGUAGGAAAUGUAAAAUAUUCCUGUAAAUAGUUACACAUUUUUAGUAUUAAGGCAUUAAAGGAAAGUUAAGUAAUA